CGCACGUCUCUUUUUCUUCCUUCCUACCGCUUUUUCCGCUCCCCGCCGUGGGAAGCUCCACCCGCGGCGCGGGGCGGUGCCGGGAGCUGGAGUUCCCGGCCCGGCCAUGCAGGUGCCGGCGGCGGCGGAGCGGAACAAGGCCCCGAUCCUGGCGGUGCUGCGGGAGUGCGCGGGGCGCGGCGCGGGCGCGCUGCGGGUGCUGGAGGUGGCCGCGGGCUCGGGGCUCCACGCCGCGCAUUUCGCUCGGGCGCUGCCCCAGGCGCUCUGGCAGCCCUCGGACAUCGACCCCCGCAGUCUGCGCAGGGGUUUGUUCCUGCCUGCAGAGGGUGCUGGGGGUGCGGGGAGGGGGCCCAGCUUGGCUUCAGCUGGGGUUUGGUGCCCACAGCAUCGCUUCCUAUGUGGAGGCCACGCAGCUGCCCAACCUGCUGCCCCCCAUCCUGCUGGACGUGUCAAAGGGCUGGGAGACCUGGGGGGGCACCCAGCCCGCCAGCCUCGACCUCCUCGUCAGCAUCAACAUGAUUCACAUCACAGAGCUGCGGUGCACCGAGGGCCUGUUCAGGGGUGCCGGGGUGCUGCUGAAGCCCGGAGGUUUGCUCUUCACCUAUGGGCCCUACGCCGUGGAUGGACAGAUCAGCCCCCAGAGCAACGUGGACUUCGACCGCAGCCUGAGGCAGAGCAACCCCGCCUGGGGGCUGCGGGACACGGCGCUGCUGCGGGAGCUGGCCGAGGCCAACGGGCUGUGCCUGGAGAGGAUGGUGGACAUGCCGGCCAACAACAAGAGCCUGAUCUUCCGCAAGCUGUAACUGCCCUGACAGCGCUUCCAGCGCCUCCCGGCGCUGCUGUCCCCACUGAUGCCUCCUGCAGGGGCGGCACUGUCCCACCGUGGCUGGGGACAGCAGUGAUGGGACAGAGCCCCACGCACCCCAGCUGGGGCUGACUUGGCUGGGGGUUCCAUCUCCCCUGGUGCCUUUGGGGCUGUCUUUGCAGGGGGGUGCCCCAGCCUGGAGCACAGGAGCCAGCACAGCUGCCACGGGGGACACAGGUAUGGGGGAGGGGACACAACACCCCUGGGCAUGGGGGAGACUCCUUGCUCCAUUUCCUCGGAGGAUGCUGUGCUGAUGGUGUCCCCCUUCCCUCCCUCCCCAGGACUCUGCUGCUGCCCCCCAAUAAACUCUGUGGCUUUGCCCUCCACACCCCA